AUGGAGGAGGAAGAAGACAACUUGAGUGAAGGAAACACAGACAAGACUGUUUCUCUGAAGGAAGAAGAAGACAACUCGAAUGAAGAAAGCACAGACAAGACUGUUUCUCUGAAGGAAGAAGAAGACAACUUGAAUGAAGAAAGCACAGACAAGACUGUUUCUAUGGAGAAAGAAGAAGACAACUUGAGUGAAGAAAGCACAAACAAGACUGUUUCUAUGGAGGAAGAAGAAGACAACUUGAGUAAAGGAAACACAGACAAGACUGUUUCACUGGAGAAAGAAAAAGACAACUUGAAUGAAGAAAACACUAGCUUCUUCAAACAUUCCAAAAUGGCGCUGAGCUCAACAAAGACUUCAUUAACCAAAAACGCCAUUAGCCAAUUUCACAAAAUCUGUACAAAAAUCGCGCUUGAGCUUGUAACUAGAGAUGUUAAAGCUUUGAAAUACCUAACGUUGGAUAAAGUCCCUGGUGGUGUUCUCGAAGAAAUCAAAGCCGAGGAGGAAUACUCUGGGUUGAAAUGGCGCUAG